UACGAUCAAGGCCCUGCAUUCAAAUUGUCAGGUUUUUCUUAUUUUCUAUUUUUAUAAGAUGGACCAUUGACUUGAAGAGUUUAUAAAAAAACAAGUAGUGUGGGACGCUACCAGAAGUCUUAAGAAGGCGGCAUUAAUCACGGAGAAGGGAGGCCUCCGGCUCACGCAAAAUGGAGGCAGAAUUAGAACAGAGGAGAGAGUUGGAGGAAGAGGCAGCGGAAGGCGGCGGCGGAGAGUUUGAUUUGCAACGAAGGCAACCUCGGCAGCUUAACAAUGGCUCGACCACCACAGUUACCAUUAAUGGCAGUACUACUGCAGCUUUAUCCUCCUUCCCAGAGUACAGUCCUGGAGCUGACUUCUCUCAGCUUGUUGAAGAAGGUGAAUUCUCGUAUGAAUCUUUCGCAUUAACAAGUGGAGAGGUUAAUUUGUAUGAUUCCAAGAAUAAAUCUACUACUUCCGGAACUGUUAUGGUGGAUAUCGCAACAGAAAGUUUCGGCGUUGAAGCUAUUGACGAACUAUUCAAGUCGACUGAUCCUCCACCAUCCAAUAAGAACUCAUCAAUUCAGGAGCAACUUGCAGCUGAGACUUCUAUCGAUAUUGGAGCAAUUGAACAAGAAGGGAGGGUUCGCAUUGAUAUCAGAGAGGAGAUUGAGGAGCAGAAAGAGAUCAGAGAGUUGUAUCUUGAAACGGUAUACAAGAAGCCAGCUACAUCUGAUUUCUACUGCCCCAACUGUCAGGCUUGCAUCGACAAGGUUCUUAUACGCAGUAGAUUAGAGGAGGAACAACUGAGGUGCCCAUCCUGCUUCGCAUUUCUAAAACCUCUAGGUGACUGGUUCUUUCGAAAGCCGGUACCUACACAAGUCCCAGGAAUCAAAGAACCCACUGAUCAACCGAAACCAGAGGAUGCUGUUCACCCCCUACCACCACGACCAUUGACACCGAAGUCACAAAAGACUCCUGAACAACAUGGAAAUAAAGAGCCCAGUUAUCAAUCAAAACCGGGGGAUACCGUUCAUCCAACACCAUCAUCAACACUGGAAGCACAGACUCCCAUUGCUGUAACAGGGGAAAUCCUAGAAAGAAAUAAAGAGCCCAGUUAUCAAUCAAAACCGGGGGAUACUGUUCAUCCAACACCAUCAUCAACACUGGAAGCACAGACUCCCAUUGCUGUAACAGGGGAAAUCCUAGAAAGAAAUAAAGAGCCCAGUUAUCAAUCAAAACCGGGGGAUACUGUUCAUCCAACACCAUCAUCAACACUGGAAGCACAGACUCCCAUUGCUGCAACAGGGGAAAUCCUAGAAAGUACUCUGGAACAAGAUGGCGCUAUAAAGUUGGAAAUUGUAAAAAGUCUGGUCUAUGGUGGUUUAACUGAAUCGAUCACAAGCUUAUCUGUUGUGACAUCUGCAGCCAGUGCUGCUGCUUCCACGCUGAGCAUUGUAGUCUUGGCAUUGGCAAACCUGAUUGGUGGACUUUUCAUCAUUGGUCAUAAUCUUAGGGAUUUGAAGAACGAUCAAUCCAGAGUGGCCUUGAAUGAAGCAGAGGAACAAGUGGAUCGGUACAUACAAGUACUGGGGCAGAAAAAGAACUUCAUAAUUCAUGCCUCAGUUACAGUACUUUCAUUCCUUGUUUGUGGCUUGGUGCCUCCAGUGGUCUAUGGCUUCUCAUUUUAUAAGAGCGACAAUAGCUACCUUAAGCUCGCAGUAGUUGCAGCAGCUUCUCUUGUAUGCAUCACACUACUUGCCAUUGCCAAGGCUUACAUCCAAAAGCCAACCAGGUGGUACAUGUAUUUGAGAACUGUACUGUACUACGUUUCACUUGGGGUCGGGGCCUCUGGCAUUUCUUACUUGGCAGGGUACCUGUUCAAGUUACUCAUCGAUAAGCUAGGUUGGUUCGAGUCAAGUGCAGCUGUUACUCUGUUCCUUCCUGGGAUGAGUUCAUUGCCAUCUGCACGGGUAUCAUCCUAUUAAUAUCAUGGCAUCCAAACAUUAAUUUUUUUAGUUGUAGACAGUGUAGUCAAUGCUGUAGUGUCAAUCCAAGCACAUUGUCGAUGGCAGAGAUCUAAUUAUUAUUCCGUUUUAAGUCCCACUCCUAUUCUAUUCUAUCUGUAUGAUGCGAAUCCUGAGUCAGAACUGAAUCCUAUUGAUGUCAUUGGACAAGAAGGUUUUGAAUAAUAUUAGCUUCAUUACUGCUUCCA